GGGAGUAACUGUUCUGCACAAAACCACUAUUCUCCCAUUCUCAGAAAUCUCACAGACUGCUCUGUUUAGGAAGAAAACAAUCUUCUUUGGCCUCCAGCUGCCAGGGAGACCAAUCUUUCAACGUGAUCGUUGCAAUCAUGGACCAGUCCAUAGCAAUUCAGGAAACGCUGGAAGAGGGAGAAAACUGCAUUGCUGCUGUGCAAGGAAUCUUGGUCACACCUCACAGCAAUGAGAGUCGACUUGUGGGUCUGGUGGAGAGCAAUAAGACAGCAGCAAUAUUCCUAUACACACAUAGAAGAAUGGCCAUCUGUGCGGAAGAUGUGUCUCUUGAUCAGAUUGUUCCACUGGUACAAGGAAUAUCCAUCGAGGAAGUUACAUCCAUUGAAGGUUUACAUAUUCUCGGUUCUGACAUCAUUGUGAAGAUUAAGUCUGCUGAUACUGACCUUGAACUGAAGCUUCCAUUUGGUUCCCACACCCAGGAAUUUCUGCAAAGAGUCAACUUUUCUCUAGAAGCAGGGGUUCCUCCUGGACUCCCAUCGUCACAGUUUGUCUGGUUGAGGAAAUACUGGCAAAGAAGUCUUCCUAAUCUGAACAGCUUCUUCACGAGUAGCAUGAACCGGAUUGAGGAUCCAGAACAAAAUCACAUGGAUAGCAAAUCUGAGUCAGAUCCCAGUGAUGAAAACAUUUAUCAGAAUGGACAAUGGAUGAAGCCUGCGUCUGAUCCCUUGCUCUCCCCAAAGUCUACCCUCCGACACCAUAAAAAUAAAUCCGACAUCUCUGACAUGGUACGAUCAGCAAACGUGAUCACUGCUAACAAGGCAGAAAUGCUUCCCAUCUCUAAAUUUGGGCUUCGUGACAAUUUGAUUAAAUCUGAGCUGCUCAAGAAAGAACAAACCUACACUUCAAUCCAGAAUUACAGGUUUUUUGUCGGAACAUACAAUGUAAAUGGACAGUCUCCAAGGGAAAACUUGCAACCAUGGCUUUGUGAAGGCUUGGAACCUCCGGAUGUAUAUUGUGUUGGCUUCCAGGAGCUUGAUUUAAGCAAGGAAGCUUUCUUUUUUAAUGACACACCCAAGGAGGAAGAGUGGUUCAAAGCUGUGUCGGAAGGGCUGCAUCCUGGAGCAAAAUACGCAAAGAUCAAACUAAUCAGACUGGUUGGAAUAAUGCUGCUACUCUAUGUCAAGAAGGAACUGGCCGUUCAUGUUUCAGAGGUUCAUGCGGAAACUGUGGGCACUGGAAUUAUGGGCAGGAUGGGAAAUAAAGGAGGUGUUGCAAUCCGGUUCCGAUUUCAUAAUACAAACCUGUGUGUUGUAAACUCCCACCUGGCCGCUCACAUUGAAGAAUAUGAGAGAAGAAAUCAGGAUUUUAGAGAAAUUUGUUCUCGGAUGCAGUUUCCCCAAGAGGACCCAACACUUCCUCCUUUGACCAUCCACAAACAUGAUGUGGUUUUAUGGCUUGGAGAUUUAAAUUACAGAUUAAAAGAUGUAGAUGUGGAGAAAGUGAAGAAACUAAUUGAAGACAAGGAUUAUCAGACUCUUUACAAGUAUGAUCAGCUAAAGCAACAGUUUGAUGAAAAAGCAGUAUUUGACGGUUUUACUGAAGGCGAGAUAAUGUUUCAGCCAACAUACAAGUAUGAUACAGGUUCUGACGAAUGGGACACUAGUGAGAAAUGCCGUGCCCCGGCCUGGUGUGACCGCAUACUGUGGAAAGGAAAGCAUGUAACUCAACUGUGCUACCGAAACCACAUGGAUCUGAAGACCAGUGACCACAAGCCAGUCAGCUCGGCAUUUGACAUUGGGGUAAAAGUAGUCAAUGAAAAAUUGUACAAGAAAACCUUUGAAGAAAUAGUUCGCACCCUGGAUAAGAUGGAGAAUGACAGCAUUCCUUCUGCUACCUUAUCGCAGAGAGAGUUUUAUUUUAAGGAUGCCAAGUAUAUGCAGCUACAAGUGCAGACAUUCACCAUUCAUAAUGAUGGACAAGUUGCUUGUCAGUUUGAAUUCAUUGGUAAACUGGAUGAGUCCUCAUACAGCAAACCAUGGUUGAGAGCUAAUCCAAGCAAAGGAUUUCUGACUCCAGGGUCAGAAGCAGAGAUCGAAUUGGAAUUAUUUGUCAACAACCAAACUGCUGCUCAGCUCAACUGUGAUGAGCACGGACUUGAAGAUAUUCUCGUUUUGCAUCUCGAUCGAGGAAAGGAUUUUUUUCUUUCUGUGACUGGGAAUUAUUUGCACAGUUGCUUUGGAUCAUCCAUCCAGAUGUUAUGCUACAUGAGAGAGCCGAUCAGAGACAUGCCAGUCAGCAGGAUCAGACAGAUGGCUCUCAUACCCUUACAAAUGAAAGAGGACUUUGUCGAUGCAGAGAAACCACAUGAAAUUCCAAAAGAACUCUGGAUGCUAGUGGACCAUUUGUAUCGUAAUGCUUCCCAAGAGGAAGAUUUGUUCCAACAGCCUGGAUUAAGAUCUGAAUUUGAAGCCAUCAGAGACUGUCUGGAUACUGGAUCUCCAGAAUAUCUCCCUGGAUCCAACCACUCUGUUGUCGAAGCCUUGCUGCUAUUCCUGGAGGCUCUUCCUGAGCCAGUGAUCUGUUACCAGUCUUAUGACCAAUGCCUGGAGUGUGCUGGAGAUUAUCCCAACAGCAAAGAGGUGAUUGCAUCUUUACCUUUCCAUCACAAAAAUGUAUUUAAUUAUUUGACCUCAUUUCUACGGGAGCUGCUGAAUAAUUCCACACGGAACCACUUGGAUAUUAACAUUUUGGCAAGUAUAUUUGGAAAUCUACUUCUUCGACCCCCACCUACCCAUACAAAACCCAGCAACACGGACAAGAGGAAGUGUCAGGAAUUCGUUCAGCAGUUCCUCCUGCAUGGACAAAGUACAUGAUCUUGGGUUUUUAUGUAUCGAGUCAUUUUCAGGACUCCAAACAAAGUUUUUUUCCCCACUACAGAAGAAAGUGUCUGCCAGGCCUAUGUCUGUAAUUUGACAUGUGACCUGAAAUAAGCACAAGAACAGUGUAUGUCUUUUGAACUUAGUGCAUAGCCAUUGAUUAGAUUCUGUACUGUAAAUUCACAUGCAAUACAUAGUUAACUCAAUAAACCACUGUUUAUGGUUAAAUUAACCUUUGCUGGCAUGGUCCCAUAAAAAAAAAAAAAAAAAUAGAGAAAGAAAUAAAAAUUUAACUUACCUGCGAUCCCACGCUGAGGCCACGUUUUCCAUGUAGCUUGCUUCACUUUUGGUGAUGUCACUCUCGCUUACUGCAGAGGAGGGAUUUCCAGAAGGAUGGGUUAAGGAGAUGACUUGAAGGCACAGAGGGCCAUGUCACCAGUGGACAUCUGUGCUAGCAUAUUAUGCAUGCUGACGGCAGAUACCCAAUAUGAACAGAAUUAACAUUAGCCAAAACCAGAACUCGUGUCAGGCUGGCUAAUGACACUGCUAAAGGUGAAGUUAUACCUCUGGCUGCAAAGUCCUUUUAUUCUGCAUGUGCAGUGUUCUACUGAGAAAUGCUGCACAUGCAGAUUCAAAGCACCACGACCACUUAAAAUCUCUAAAGAAGUCAUGGUGCUUGGAGCAACCGUAAUAAUAUUGACCUAUUUGGUCUAACCCACUUAUCAGGAGAUAAAGAUACAGCUAAUCACCUGUUUCUUUAACAUGCUAUGUGCUUGCAUUGUUACUGGAUAUGUGCAUUUUAAGAUUUAAUGAGCUGUCAAGAUUAAUAAGCUGCUAAUGGUUUAUUAGUGUAUUAAUUGUUGAACUUGGAGAAGUGUUUGUAUUCUUGUGAUGUACAACACUGUGCCCCAUUUUGGAAAAUCAUAGUUUAAAUUUGCGGCACUUAAUGAUCUAGUAAUCCUUUAAAUAACCCCAAGCAAAUGUAAAAUGUAUUUUGUUUUCUUCAGUAAAAUUAAUAAUUUAUUUGGGGGACCAGUGCCAAUGUUAUUUAUACAAUAUUUAAAAAAAUACCCAUCACAAUAUUUGGAUUGCAGGAGGCUCACAGGAAGUAGUAGUCUUUUUAGUGGUCAAAUACAGUUUUUAUUUGAUUUUUAA